AUGAGCGCACAACUUCAGGACCCCGAGAAGACUGUAGCAGAAGCUCCAAAUGUUCCCACAGAUCUCGAAGAUGCCACAAGAACCAAUGUCGAAGGCCAAGAUAUAGCCAUCGCGAUAGUGGGGGUGCAUAGCCAUGCAAUUGACCCCGCAGUGGAAGCUCGCGUUGUGCGCAAAAUCGACUGGUACUUGGUCCCUGCGAUGAUUUUAGGAUACGGCCUGGUAUACUAUGACAAGGCAAUUCUAGGUUCUGCGGUCCUUUUCGGAAUGACCACCAAUCUCCACCUCUCCCAAGUCGAUACCCAUACGAAGCCUCCCACAACGGAUACGUCACGUCUGAGCUGGGCAACCUCCAUGUUCUAUUUCGGGAUGUUGGCGGGCUUAUACCCCAUGACGUUUGCUCUCCAGAGGUUUAGAAUGGGAAGAAUACUGGGAGGGGUGGUGUGUCUCUGGGCGUUAAUAUGCAUGUUGACCGCAGCUGUAACAAGCUGGCGGGGUCUAUAUGCUCAACGCUUCUUCUUAGGCUUCGUCGAGAGCGUCAUACCUACGGGAUUCAUGUGCAUCGUCAGCUCAUUCUAUACCCAGAGGGAGCAAUCGCUCAGGCAGAGCUGGUGGUUCUCCUCAACGGGUCUUUUCACCAUCAUUGGCGGGGCAUUGAAUUACGGCUUCGGGCAGAUCAAUGGGGGCGAUCUUAAGCGUUGGCAGUACAUCUACUUGCUUGCUGGAGCCCUCACGUUUCUGUUCGGUCUGUGCUGUUUUGCUGUACCAGAUUCUCCAGUCUCUGCUUGGUUCCUCACGAAAGAAGAGAGGGUAGUUGCCACUGAACGCCUGAGAUUUGGCCAAACCGUGGCAGGGUAUUCUAUCGUUGGCACCUUUGGUGCUGUCGUCUCUCUCAUUAUCACUGUGGGGAUGGCAAACGUAGCAGGGCAGACGAAGAAGUGCUUCAUGGCGGCGACGAUAUUCGUAGCUUACUGCGUUGGAAACAUCGUGGGCCCUCAAUUGAUCAAAUCUCAAACUAAGUCCAGACAUUAUCCUGAACUUUGGCUUGGUUUGAUAAUAUGUUACUGCAUUACAAUUUGUGCAUCCGUUGCACUGUACAUCGUGCUUGCAAGAGAGAAUAAACGGCGAUCGAAGUUGGAGUUGAACGAUGUGGACAGAAGUAAAAUGGCUUUCCAGGAUCUGACGGACAAAGAGAAUCCUUAUUUUCAAUACAUGCUUUGA